AAGCAGCCCCUUGUCGAAUUGAUCAAGCUGCCUCCUCCGGCCAAGCUGCCCGGAAGCAACUACAAUUUGGAGCUCAUGCUCAGUGGAACCAACAAAGGAGGCUCCAUUGCGUCCUCUCGCCGCUCAUACAUGCGCUCUCCUGAACUGGAUUUCAUUCCUGAUCCCACCGAGGUCGAAUAUGUGUCGGACCACGAGGAUCAAAUCGAAGCACCCAGAAGAAAUGGUCCCUGGAGCAGACUCAGCCGACGCCGCUCUAACAACAGCAGCAAGCGGUCUGACAGUCCCGACAGUGACAAGCGGGUAUCGAUUAUCAGCAUUCAGAGGCCCUCUUGCAAUCCCGCUGCUACGGAGAUAGAUGGGUCCCCGCAGUACGACCAGGCUGCUUAUACUUACUCUGUGAGGCAGAACAACAUGAGACGCAUUCAAGCCGACCUCGAGAGCGAGCACAGUUCGCGAUCUGUCACGCCUGGAAGUAAGAGAUUCCGUGGGUUGGAGACAGUAGUGGAGGUUUCUGGUGAUCACCAAAGCGAGCGUCAGAGCGGACCGCGACCGCGGAGCGGAAUAGAGGUGGAGAUUCCCACCGAUGUUUCUGUGGUUGAUAUCACGUCUUUGCCGCACCCGCCGCCGGCUGCCAAGCUUUCGAACGAAGGUGUUAAGGUUCAUCCUAUCGAUAUCACCACUGGAGACCGCCGGCGCAGCAGCUGCCCAAAGCCUGAUACCUCCACGAAGGUCACGGCAACAAAUCUUGUUCUUCGAGAGCGAGGGUCACUCCCUGAAAUGCCUCCCCCCGCCCCAGUUCUCCCUGCUCGCCAGAGUCGCGCCGAUCAGGAUGACGAGUCUUUCAGAACUUGGAGACUUUCCCAGUGUAUCCCCCAAGGCGAAAGUCAAACGGCCCCCUCUCUUCAACCUCAGGAUAUCCCCCUCCCACUGGACGACGAGAGCACAGCUGCCUUUGACGACAAGGAGGCUUCUGAGGCCCAGUCUCAAGAUGAUUCUUCCAGCAACAGCGCAACUCUUUGCAACACGGAGAAGCCCGACGGCAAGCUCGCAGCCGAGUCCGUCGGCACAUCCCAGCUUCCCCGCACCUCGGAAUCUGCACAGUUCCAGGAUGGUAGUGGCUGGGAGACCUGGCUGCUCGCCGAGAAGCUCACGUCUCAGGAGGAUUCCGUCACAGCUCAGGAUUUGAAUGGCAAGGAGAAAUCUGCAACUACAGUGCUUAUUCGCAGCUCUGCUACCGAAGCUGGCGAUGAGAAAGGAACAAACCGUCAGCUCUCGAGCCUCAUCGGCUUUCCCCUCCAACAGGUUUCUGGUCACAAGUCGUACGCUGACUUGCCUUUGAAAGACAACUUGGAGGUAAACACUACUUUGAUUGGUAGAACGCCCUUGCUAGUGAAUGAGCCAUCGCACUAUCCGUCAUCUUCUGUAUACUCGUCUAUGCAGAACACACGCAACGCCUCGCCAUCAGGCUUCAAGGAUGUCAGUGGUGACGACGAUCGCAACAGCCUUGCCGAGAGUCUUAUUGAUCUCGACCUCGCCAACUUUGACUUGUACAACCUCAAGGAGCAGCGUUCUGAUAAGAGUUAUCGUACCGCCCUAGACAAGAACCCCGACUCUGACACGGCUGUACCUUCUAUCAUCCUAUCAGGCCAGGAAGGAUCUGGCGCAGAUGAAAUUCGAUUCCAGACUGAGAACCAUCACAACUACGGCACCAUGCAGAACGUCUCUGCCCCGAAGAGCGAGAAGCCUGGUUCACUUGGUGGUAUUGAAGGCAUGUCUGGUGAAUCCCAGAUCGACAUGCCUAGCGACGGCAAUGCACCGUCGCGGAAGUCUUCAUUCCUUCAAUUUCUGGGCAUUCGUAGAAGCUCGAGUACCAAGGAUCGACAGCAGUUGCAUAGUCAGUCUUCCACGGAGCCCGCACAGUUGAGCUCCUCGUCGGUAGCGAACCAGAUGUUCAAGCCACGGGAGAACACUGAACGGCUUUCGAGUCACAGCAUCACUUCUUCGACCCAGAAUGUCCUGAGCGAUGCCGCAUUCACUGCACCCAAACUCACUGAAAGCGCCACCGUGGUCUGGCAGCGAGCUUUCAAAGUUGAGCACGCCCAACGCGAGACCAAGUCCACUACAGAUUCCAAGAAGUCUGCCAUGGAUAAGGCCAGCAUGGGAACGAUCUCAGUCGAUGCCAACCAACUCUCUCACCAUACAGAGCGAGACGCAGCUGGAUUCUGUUACGAAGAAGUCAAAGCGCAGGAUUUCAUCACAACACGAAACGCCAGCCAG